AUGUGUGAACAUUUCAACAACUUUUUCUCCACCUUUGUUAACCAGUAUGUUGCGGUUCAACAAUUUUCUAGUAACUUUGAUAAACUAUCUGAAAUGCUCAACUCAAGAAUUAAUAGUGAUGAUGCCUUUAGUAUUCCACAACUAACUGAAGAAGAGGUUUGUAGUUAUCUACGUAACUUAGACACUCACAAAGCAACCGGACUUGAUGGCUUAAGUCACAAGAUUUUGAAGAUGUCAACCUAUUUAAUAGCUCCAUCUCUGACUAAGAUUUUCAAUAAAAGUUUAUCAUCCAGAAUGUUUCCGACAAAAUGGAAAACAUCAAAAAUUAUCCCAAUCUACAAAUCUGGUUCCAAAUGUGAUGUCAACAACUACAGGCCCAUAGCCAUACUGUGCGCUGUCAGUAAAGUUCUCGAGCGUCAUGUUCACAAUCAUCUUUACCAGUUCCUCGUGAGUCAUAACUUAUUACAUCAUGCCCAAUGUGGUUUUCGAAGAAAUCACUCGUGUGAAACAGGGCUAUGCAAACUUGUGGAUAUGUGGACAUCCAACAUGGAGAGCGGUCUCAUAAAUGGGGCAGUAUUGAUUGAUCUACGCAAAGCUUUCGACAUGGUAGAUACCGAUUUGUUAUUACGAAAACUUGCAGUUUACAAAUGUGAUGAUUUGACAUUAACCUGGUUUAAGUCAUACCUGCAAGAAAGAGACCAAUGUGUGCACUUUAAAGGAACUUUGUCAUCUAAAAAAUCUUCUCUGUAUGGUGUCCCCCAAGGAAGUAUUCUAGGACCUUUAUUGUUUAUAAUGUUUAUCAACGAUCUUCCACUAUAUGUCAAUUCCAACACAGUCUUACACAGACAUGUAUGCUGAUGAUUCGACAGUUGAGGAACUCAAUAAUAAAUUAACUGAGGAUAUGACAAACGUUCAAGCUUGGUGUACUAACAACAAAAUGGUAAUAAAUGACGGUAAAACGAAGGCAAUAAUGAUAACAAUAUCUCAGCGCGCAGCCACAUUAAAUUCAAAUCUACGAGUAGAAUUUAACGGUAACGGUGUCCAGUUAAAGAAUACCAACAAUGAGAAAAUAGUUGGGGUUGUUAUGAAUGAACAUCUUUCCUGGAAACAGCAGAUUGACAAAGUAGCAAAAUCUCUAAUUAAAGGAAUUCAUCUUCUGAGACAGAUCAAAGAGUAUUUGCCUAUUGGUCACCGAGUAAUUUACUACAAGUGUUUCUUACAAUCUCACAUAGAUUAUUGCUGUACAGUUUGA